AUGUGUGCAGCAGGCUACGAUCCCAUCAAACGCAUCUGGAGGGGAGAAAAAUCCAUGCCUCUGUAUGAUUUCGAUUGUUCAAUUGGCCGAAUAAUUCACAACAAUCUCAAAAAUAAUCCGAAAAAAGUUUGCCAUAUAUGCAUUGAGGAUGGGAAAACGGUGACAAGCCAGCAAAUAUUAAACUGGUCCGUGAGACUUGCCCAGAAUUUCGAGCAGCGUGGACUACGCCACGACGACGUCAUCUGCAUUUCGGCCAAGAAUAGCACCUAUGUCACACCUGCCGCUGUGGCCUGCCUUUUUAAUGCCACGCCCUUCCACGCAGUUAAUCCCAUCUUAGAUAUCAAUACCCUAACACACGUGCUGACGAUAACCAAGCCCAAGUUAAUCUUCUGCGAUGCCGUCGACUAUGAGAAGCUAAAGACCGCGAGUGCAGCCUGGACACCUGAACUGAUAACAGUCACGGGUAAAGUGGAGGGUGUGACGUAUAUAGAGGAACUGCUCUCCCCAACGGAGACUGAAAUGUUAUAUCGACCAAAAACCUUGAUUUUGGGCGGUGAUCAGACUAUGUUGAUUUUGUGUUCCUCCGGUACUACCGGACUUCCCAAAGCUGUUUGCAUUGCAAACAAUAUGCUUGAUUGUAGUAACAAUUUUGUAACCGCCGAAUCGGUCGUCUACUGUCCCUCUGGGCUAGACUGGGUCACAGGCAUUCUCAGUUUAUUAUGGAGCGUUGCAAAUGGUUGCACAAGAAUUUUAACCAACCAAUCCUUUAGUGAAAAUAAUUUUCUAGAGCUGGUUGUCAAGUAUAAAAUCACUAUUGCGAUUCUUGCACCGGUUUACGUUUCUGCAUUAGUCACCUACCCCGCGGCCUCAGCUGAAAAACUAGCUAGUUUAAGGACUGUAUUCGUGGGUGGUGGGUGGAUGCCAUCGGAAACACUUCAGAAGAUGCAAAACCUGCUUAAAAACGGUGUUAUUAUCUUUAUGUAUGCUGCUACCGAAUUUGGUCAAGUUGCUUGCGCCAUUUUUUCGGAAAAGCUUGGCAUCACAGUGGGCAAGCCAUUGCCCGGAAUUCAAGUGCGCAUACUGGACGAGAACUGCAGUAAUUUGAGUCAUGGAGAAGUGGGAGAGAUAUGUGUGCACCAUGGCCGCAAAUGGAGCGGCUACUACGGAAAUCCAAUAGAAACGCAGCGCAUGCAGGAUUCUUCGGGCUGGUUCCACUCGGGUGAUCUGGGCUACUUUGACGAAAACAAUAACCUGUACAUCGUGGACCGCAAAAAGGAAAUCUAUAAAUGCUUGGGAAUGCAAUACGGGCCCACUGAUAUUGAGGCAGCCAUUGCUGAGCUACCCGAUGUUCAAGAAGUGUGUGUGGUGGGCCUCUACGAUGAGAAAUACGGCGAUGCACCUGCUGCCAUGGUCGUAAAACGACCUGGUAGCACCUUGACUGGAGAUCAGAUCAAAGAGCAUGUGUCCAAGCGGUUGGUUGUCGAGUUUAAGCAAUUGCAUGGAGGCGUUUACUUCGUGGGUGAGUUACCCUAUAAUGCAAAUGGCAAGGUGCUCCGUCGAACAGUCAAAGAGAAGCUGACACAGGCUUAUUUAAAUGGUUUGUAAAGCUGUUAUUUGUUUGGUUUAAAUAUAUAUAAGGAUUUU